AUGAUGAUGAUGAUGAUGGUGGUGGUGGUGGUGGUUUUCGAUUCCCAUCACUUCCCGUUGACAACUACCAAGCGUUUUGCAAUAAUCUUUCCUCUCGUCUCAUCACUGGAGUCCCUCUUUUCUCAACAUGACCGCAUCUCUCAACUUUCAUCGGCCUUGACUUUUUACUCUGCCUUGGACUCCUCGACUCUCAACGACCUUACGAUCCGGCGUCAUGCACAACGUUUCCGAUUCGCACUUCUAGAAACCACAAUUGUUGAUGGGAUCGUCUUCUAG